GUGACAGUGACCUGGCGUUAAUUUGAACUCCGUAACACUUUAGUGCUAAUGUAUGGAGACCCAUACCUGGAGUUUUUCGCUGUUGGUGGAUACUGUCUGCUUGACAUCAGAGAAAAUGUCGUAUUUUUCACAUCCAAAAAGUCUCCUGAUAAAAUAUGCUACGCUUGCAUUUCAGAUUUGCCAAUCUUUGAUCUCGUUCACAAGUCGAGCACUUUUAUAAAUUUUCUUCGCAUUCAGCUGAUAUUUUCUGGGAUUGUUAUAGUUUUUGUUGAUGGUAGCGGAAUCGGAAUUUUAAAGUUUUCUAAAUUGGUUGAUGUGCCAAAGAAUGUCGAGAAAAUAGAAUUUUUAGAGUAUGUGGCGGAAGGCCCUCCAGUAGUAUGUGUUAAUCCAUCCUUCUCAGUCGUCGUGGUUGGUGACAGAAAGUGUUUGAAAGCUUGUCGCUUAGAGAAAAACAAGAAUACUCUGAUAACUGUUGGUGUAAACUUAAGUAAAGUCAAAGAUAUUGGUUUUCAUCCUUCUACUCCAAACUAUGUCUUCGUGUUAUCUGAAGACCUUACCUGUGGAAUUUGGGACAUAUGUGCAUGCAAACAAAUUCAGACCCUUAGUGUCUUAAAAACAACUACACUUGAUUUGAGUUUAUUUGAUAAAGCUAUUUCACUUGGCACAAAAGAUGGUCAGGUUUUGUCACUUUGUCCUCUAUCUUUCCAAUGCAUCCAGUUGUUCACGCUUCCUGAGCAACCAAAUAAAAAUAUCAUUCAUAAUUGCUGUCCAAAUUCAAGUUCUCUAGUUCGUUCAGCGAAUGGACGUUCUACAUGGUCAAAUGACGGAGCAUUAGUCCCGUCUAUUUCAACUGAAUUUUCAAAUGAAAUAGUAGUCUUGUCACGAAUUAAUUUUGUAACUGACUGCACACAAAAUGGCUUAAAAGGGCCUUCGAAAAUCAAAUCGAAUAUGUUGGUUGUUUUGUCGCGUGCCAAACUUUACAUAAUCGAUUUAUCUAAUCAGAGUAUUACAGCUAGUUGGAGAUGGAUUGAUCUUGAACUUUCCAAUUGGGUCUAUAUACACGAUGCUGGAAUUGCCAUCACAUCACAAAGUAUAAACUUUUGGGUCCGUGGUAACAAUGAUUCCGUUGGCUUUUUUGCAAUUCCCCUGGAAAAUAUACUUUCAUCCGGUGAAUCUAAAAAUGUUCUAGACAGUAUGUCAACGUUAUCACUGAUUGCUAGAGAUAACCUGCUAGCAAAUUCAGUAUUAAACAAGUGUAACAAACAUGAUUUACUUCGCAGCAACACCAAAACCGCUCAAAAGAAUACAAAUCACUUUUCUAACUUCAACAAAUCAUUGAAUAAACCAGUUACAUUUGGUCAUACUAUCAAAUCUUCUGGUUAUGCAAAACAGGAACCAAUGCGAAAAAUGUUUCAUCCUAUGGUCAAUGGACAUGCUAAACCUAUGAAGACUACUCGCUUAAUAAAUGAAGGAAAACUUACGAAAUUAACCAAACUGUAUCCCGUUACCGAAGAAGUUCCAAGUGUUCUUCAGAUAAGUGGAAGUCUAGACGCAAGUUCUACACCAGUCUACAAAGUUGCAUAUUCACCUAGCGGAGUUAAUUUAGCAUCUUGUUUAGGAAAUGGAAUUUGUUUGGUUACACGCUGUGAUCAAAACACCGAAGAAAAACGCAGAAAAUUAUUUUCCUCGGCUGAAGCCCUACGUGGUCACAUGGGUCCUGUACUAUGGGCAUCUUGGUCAACAAACAGUCGUUUGUUACUGACAUGUUCAUCAGAUCGAACUGCGCGUAUUUGGAGAAUCGGAAGUGUCAAAGAACUGGAUAAAACAUUAACCGCUAAGGUUGGACCAACAACACAGCUUAUAUUCGACUCAAUACAUGGUGGAGCAACAAAUGAUUAUGGUGAAAGAGUUAACAUCCAGCGGAAGAAAAACUAUCACGAGCCUUUCCAAGACAGCGUAUCAAUUGGAAAUUUUCAUUACAUGGAUUCAUUUGUUUAUUUAGUCAGUCAGAAUAUAAUUCGUUUAUAUUCGUAUACCCUAUCAGAUAAUAAAAAUAUUCUGGAAAAAAGCUUUCCAAAUAACACCUACAAGCUAGUUGGUGAAUUUUCAAUACAAACUUGUAAUCAGUUAACUUCCGUUGCAUCUGUAAAUCUUUUCUAUUCAUACUUGAUUCUAUGUGCUGGGUCAGAUCAUCGUUUGUCUAUUUUGGAUCUGAAUUCUGGACAGAUUAUUCGAGAAACUGAAUCAGCGCAUAAUCGAUGUAUAACAGGAAUCGCAUUGAAUCAAGGAUCACUUUAUUCCAGCUUUUGCAAUACUAACGGUAUUCCAGUAAAUGGUAGAACACUCGGCGCAGGGUAUACAGUAUAUGCAACAGUUGCUCCGAAAGACGGUAUACGAAUAUGGGACCUUAGAGAAAGUUGGCAUCCUGUUAUGAAGUUGGUUCGAUUUCCUGCUGAAGCUUCGACAACAAGUGGAGCUAGUCGAAAUGCCCUUAUUCCUCCUGUGACAGUGGUAUUCAGUCCCUGUGGAACGAAAUUGUUAGCAGGUGGUACAACUGAUGCUAAACAAUCUUCACCAGUUAUAUAUGAUAUACGACAACCCAGUACGCAUCCCUUAGCCAUAUUAAAUCCUGAGGCGCGAAACACAAGUCCAGCUACUGUAGUAGACUGGCAUCCAUUGAGGCCUGAGGUAUCUUCCGGGUCGCAUGAUGGAAUACUUUCUAUCUAUGGAAUUCCUAAAUCACAAACGAAGUUUAUUACAUGAUGUUAGAAUCUGUUUGCUAAUAUAUUUGCACUGAAACAAAACCUAUUUUGUCGACGUUUUGCAUACGUUUAGUAUUCCGGUGACAAAAAACCAGUAUUGAUCAGCAGGUGUACUGAGAUCUGUAGGCAUUCAGUUUGAAGUAACUCUUUGCCGCUUGAUGGGUUUAAACGAUAUUUAUAACAAAUUCCUCGUGUUUACUGUAAUAAUUAUUGCGCUUUAUAUCUUACAUCUAAUGACACCUAAUAAACACUUAUCUCGUUUUUUAUCACGUAUUCAUGCUGAACCUUACUUUUUGAGCUGGGAAUAAGUGAACAGCAAAAUUAAAGUGUUUAUUUGCG